AUGGACCGACGCAUCGGAAUACUGAUGAGACAACAUAAAUAUGCAGAAGCGACGGAAGUGGGCCGACAAUUGUUGGAAAAGAGCAGGUCCGCGUUAGGACCGGAGCAUCCCGACACUUUAUCAACAAUGUACUAUUUUGGGGCGGUACUCCACGCUGAUGGCAAAUUGGAGGAAGCCGAACAAAACUCCCGGCAGUUGUUUCCGCUGAGGGAAAAAGUGCUGGGGCCGGACCACCGUGACACGAUCGCGGCCCUUGAUGCGAUCUGUGAGAGUCUUUGCAACCUGCGCAAGUACGAGGAAUCCAUGAAGAUACUCGAUGAGGAGUUGCGGCGGUGUGAGAGGGCGUUUGGCCCAGAGCAUGAGCUCACGAUUAAAACGCUCAGGAACAUGGGCCACGUGUACAGGAUGCAAGGCGAUCCUCACCUCGCCUCUUCAGUGUUACUUAGGGCGUUGGAACUAAGCGAGAGACUAUUCGGCCCAGAGCACUCGACCACCUCGGGCAUCCGGGGCGAUCUGAGCGAGGUUCGAGGGCUGCCAGACUCCCUAGCACUAAGACAAGCACUUGCCGCCAAACAUGGCUUGCCUAUACCAGGAGAUCCACUCGCUGGCAUCAAAACGAUGAGCGUAUCACAACUGCUUGGCAGGUAUCAGAGCGUGAAUGGCUUGGUGAGCGGUGGUCCCGAAGUGACCAAUGCAACGGCCUUGAGACUCUCUGAGGCCAUUGAGUGUCCCCCACAACCUGCUGUGACUAUACCUUCUUAUUAUGACAAUGAGGUUGAGAAGAGUGAGGACGAAAGCACUGGCGGGCCUGAAUCUCCAAAUCAUACUAGAGAAACAGCAAUGUAA